AUGGCCGGAGCCGAAUCGUUCCGCAGGCGCCGCGCACGCACUGUUUGUAUCCUUUGUCAUAACCGCAAGCUGAGAUGCGACUUGGAGAAGCGGCGUGCCGGCGGACUCAAUGCGUGUACGAACUGCCUCAGCGGUGACGCCGUGUGCGAACCAAGAACAUCUGGUAGAGUCGUCAAACCCCGGAGCACCAAAACACUGAGAAGCAGCGGUACCAGAUCCCACAAUUCCUGGCCAGUUCUACUCCCUCUGCCACCACAAAACCCGGCGGGCCCCAUUGCUCAGAAUGUCGAGGUCCAGCCCAGGCAUCAAUUCUCUGACGACAAUGCUUCCUCACUGGCGCAAACGCCGCAAACACAGCCACCUGAGGCCCAGGCCGCCAUGUCCGACAUAGUUGAUGCCCCGAGCACUGCAUCUGGCGCUGCAUACCUCAGUGGAACUAUAAUGCCAUUCUUUGCACAGGAAGCUACCGUCGUGGAUCGCCAACCCGUCCCUGAUCGUACUUGGCAGCCCUUGCUACCUCCAGAGCUUCAGGAGACGUGCAUAGAGUCAUACAAUGACACUCCUGGGCACUCGAAUCCGUCCGCCCUUGGUAGAACAUGCUGCUCCGCCGAGUACUAUCGCCGCGCGAAGACGUUAUUCUACGAUGACGAGGAGCCUGAUCAUUUGGUGUGCUUACAAGCGAUUUUGCUCUUCUACUGGUGGGCUCCUCGUAGCCCAAACAAUGUCAAUCGAGAUGCUGCGUAUUGGUGGACAGGACUUGCUAUCAAGUACGCACAGCAAUUGGGUCUACACCGCGAGCCAAAGACCUUUGAACAUGUGGGCGGCGAAGCAUCGCAGGGCCUACGGCGUCGAAUCUGGUGGACGCUGUUUGCUCGUGAACGACUGACAUCAAUAUGCCAAGGUCGGCCAUGUACCAUCAAUCCGGACGAUUGUGAUGUCAAGGCGCCCUCCGUUUCUGACUUCCCAAAUCCAUCCGAUGAAAGAGCUUUGGUAUUCAUCCACUGGGUUUCCCUGUGUGCCAUCAUAGGCAGAGUCGGCCAACACCUGUUCCGGAGUCAUACACCCAGCUUCCCUUCCGAGUUGGCUAAGGAAUUGAUCAACUGGCAAGACGCGUUACCGACUCCACUCAGACUACCGCUUGCCUCAGCCACCUCAAGGCCGUUCUCCAGGGAUGUUCACAAGUUACAUCUACCAUACCUGACCACCAUCACCAUUCUGUACAUGAAUUGUGGGAUGCAGCAACGAGAUGCCACUUUACCACAAGUUCAUACUCCUGCACUCAUUGCGGCAUCAACAGUUUCCCGAAUAUUCAAGGAUCUGCUUGCUCGAGGUCAACUGCGCUUUGUAGGCGCUAUUGCUACUUGGUACGUUGGGGUCGCCAUAGUGGCUCUGCUGUCAACACAGCGCAUGCCACAUCUAUUCAAGAGCGGCGCAGACGACAUUCGCAUCUUAAGACUGGCUUUGAAGGAGCUCGCAUCCUUGUGGCCCACGGCAGAUAUCUUCGUGAGAGGGUUUGAACGAUUGAAAGCCUUUGAUUACCUGGACAACAAUGGAGGCCUCCCAAACGCCAUCAGCACAACUGGUCAUGCGGAUCAGAUGCUGGAUCAGUCGAGCGGCGUGUCCAAUAUGUCUCCGACCAAUAACAUCAUUGCUGUUGGUUGCGAUUCGAGACACACUACGAACAACUGCAAGAAUGGCAUUGACUGCUUUAGCUACUUUCCGUUUGCUACUGGCCAGACAAGCUCUCUCAUUGCAGACAUUCUGGCGUCGGAAAGCGGAAUCCUUGAUUUCCUCGCCGAGGAAGACUUUUACUGGCUCGGCGAUCCGAGUUCGACAUUACUGGAUCUCUACCAGUCUGCAGUUCAUUUCGAUCCUGCAACGCUCGAUAGUACGCUAGUGUUCUGA